AGAUCUUCACUUAAGUCCCACUCUUUCUUUUCCUUGCUUCUUCUCAGCUCCAAAGCCAAACUCUCUUUGGUUACUUUUUACUUAAAACAAAAUGGUCAUUAAGAUCCCUAAUACUUUCAUUAAAGCCACUUCACUUCUCUCAUUGAUCCUCUAUUUCCUAAUAAUAGCAACAUCUAAGUCUAACUCGGUUUUAGCCGAUGAAGUUGUCGACCAAGAAGAUGACCCGGAGUACUACAUUCUCGACGAAACUCCCUCGAUACUUUCAAACGUGACAAUUUCAUCCAAAACUAGGCUACUAGUUUCCCACUACAAGAAGAUCAAGAAAGGAAUGAGAUGUCACGUCGAGAGUUACAACAUUUGCAAUGGCGUAAAAGCGAAUAAAGGGACGAGCCUCUUGCAUUGCUGCAAGAAGCAUUGUCGGAAUGUGCUAGGAGAUAGGAACAAUUGUGGUCGAUGCGGUCACAAAUGCGGUUUCGGGCAACGUUGUUGCGGUGGCGUUUGCACUUACGUUAACUUUAACCCUAACCAUUGUGGGAAAUGCACUAGGAAAUGUGCGUCCGGGGUUAAAUGCGAGUACGGGUAUUGUGGGUAUGCUUGAUUUUUAUAGAAAAAAAUGAAAAAAGUGUUAUAUCGUAAUUUUGAGUUGUUAUAUUUUUGGUUUUUUUUGAAGAAACUGUUAUUAGCAUACGUAAGGAUUUCACGUAUACAAAAUCUUCAUGCAUACGCAUGUAAUGUAAUGAUUUUGUGAGUGAGAGUAUACAUAUGUAAACACAUACAUGAUUAUUUAAUAGAAAUAAAUAAAUAAAUUGUUAUAACUUUGUA